GUGAAUACACACAAAGAGCAGUAAAGUGAAACGCAUAACUUGCAAUUGUGCGGGUUCUCUUAGUUGAAUAGUAAAACAAAGUGUAUAUUUAUAAAUGCAACAUAUAUAAAUAAUUUUUAAGAAUAAAUAAAAUUUUGUGCUUAUUAAAUGAGUGAUAUAUUGAGAAGCUCGCAAGAGCGUUCGCGGAAACGCAAGAAAUUGUUGGCACAAACUCUGGGUCUUUCAAGUGUAGAUGAGUUAAAAAAGGUAUUAGGAUCUGGAGAUAGUCUCAGUAGUUCCAGCAGCAGUUCAUAUGGCGUGUCGGGCUUUGGUAGCAAUCGUGUCAACGGCAGCGGCCAACGUGAUGACGAAGAAAGCGCGCAAAGCAGUAAAACUCCCGGUGAAAUAAUUUACAGAGAUUCAUCAACUUUUUUAAAGGGCACACAAUCCUCAAAUCCACAUAAUGAUUAUUGUCAGCAUUUCGUGGAUACUGGACAGAGGCCCCAAAAUUUCAUACGUGAUGUGGGGCUUGCCGAUCGUUUCGAAGAAUACCCCAAAUUGCGUGAGCUGAUACGUCUGAAGGAUAAACUCAUUCAAGACACCGCUUCAGCCCCAAUGUAUUUGAAGGCUGAUCUUAAAACAUUGGAUUUUAAGACGCUGGGCACAAAAUUUGAUGUCAUACUUAUAGAGCCGCCUUUAGAAGAAUAUGCAAGAGCAGCCCCUUCGGUAGCAACAGUUGGUGGAGCACCACGUGUAUUUUGGAACUGGGAUGAAAUUCAAAAUCUCGAUGUUGGCGAGGUUGCAGCACACCGUUCGUUUGUUUUUCUAUGGUGUGGCUCAUCUGAAGGACUGGAUAUGGGUCGCAAUUGUUUAAAGAAAUGGGGUUUUCGUCGUUGUGAAGAUAUUUGUUGGAUACGCACAAACAUAAAUAAACCUGGGCAUUCGAAGCAACUUGAGCCAAAAGCUGUAUUUCAACGCACCAAGGAACAUUGUCUAAUGGGAAUUAAAGGUACUGUACGUCGUUCAACGGAUGGUGAUUUCAUACAUGCAAAUGUGGAUAUUGAUUUAAUAAUAUCUGAAGAAGAAGAAUUUGGUAGUUUUGAAAAACCAAUUGAAAUUUUUCAUAUUAUUGAGCAUUUCUGUUUGGGACGUAGACGCAUGCAUAUAUUUGGACGAGAUUCAAGUAUACGACCUGGUUGGUUGACAGUUGGUCCAGAACUGACAAACUCAAAUUUUAAUGCAGAUCUUUAUCAAACAUAUUUCGCUGAAGCACCAGCAACAGGUUGCACUAGCCGUAUUGAAUCUUUACGCCCAAAAAGCCCACCCGCUAAUAGUAAGAUAAUACGUGGCCGCGGCCGUGGUUUUCCACGUGGUCGUGGUAGGCCUAGGUAGAUUUCGUAGAAUUAUUUACGUAUUUAUGAGAUUCUUUUAACAUUUAAAUUAAUUUUUGCAGAAGUCAUAAUCAUAACUUUAGAAAUAUUUAUUUUAAUAUUUAACGAAAGCAGUGCGGACUCUGCGAUACUAACAAAACAACAAAUCCAUUUUCCAACAUCGCCUAUUUGACAACAUCUGAUAAUUC